CGCACCCUCGGUGCGCUCUAAUUAGCGUGCGCACUCUUGCGUCAAGGUGGAGGCUCCGCUCCUCGCUGCUGCGCUGCUCGGAAGAAACUUGAGCUGUUUAAACUUUGACGAACAUCGUUAGAUGUCUGACACAUAACCAGACAUAUUUAGAGUGCAUGCUGCCCGAGAACUCUCCCAAUGUUUGACGAAGGUGACGGAACCGACAGCGGCGAGCGAGCCCCUCCGCCCGAGUCUCCCCCGCCGCCUCUGCCCGUCUGUCUUCCCCGAGGAUCUCCUCCUUCACCGCGGCCCCUGGACCUCUUUUCCGCCGCCUCUCCGCUGCUGGGUGACACAGACCCGCCUUACCCCGCCACUCCAGAGUGUCUCCACCCGUCUCCAGAGAGCAGGGAGACCGGGGACUUCCCGCACUCUACGCCCGCAAAGUUAUGCCCGAGCAUCGGGGAGGGCGGCUCUCCGUUCCUAUCGCGGCAGGAUGUGAGCAUGGACGCGGUGUUCGACCGCUGCGAUGACCUGUUCCCCAAGUGGAGAGGACGAGGCGCGGCAACCUCCGACCGCCUUCAGCACCGCGGACAGAGAAUCCCGCGGGCUCCGCAGGGCUUGGACCUCGGGAAUCACUCCGUCGAGCCCGCCGACACCGAGUUCGACUCUGAAACCAGGCAAACGAUGGAAGCCAUGCAUCGCCGGCACACCACACUGAGAGAGAAGGGGCGUCGGCAGGCAGUGCGGGGCCCAGCCUACAUGUUCAAUGAACGUGGCUCAGCCCUCACUGCAGAGGAGGAGCGCUUUCUGGACGCUGCCGAAUACGGAAACAUUCCUGUGGUGCGCAAAAUGCUGGAAGAGUCCAAAACCCUUAACUUCAAUUGUGUGGACUACAUGGGCCAGAAUGCCUUGCAGCUGGCAGUGGGCAAUGAGCACCUUGAAGUGACCGAGCUGCUUCUAAAAAAGGAUGGCUUGGCAAGGAUCGGCGAUGGGUUGCUCUUGGCUAUCUCCAAGGGUUAUGUCCGAAUUGUUGAGGCCAUUCUCGCCCACUCGGCUUUUGGCGGAGGUCUCCGACUGGCUUUGAGCCCUCUGGAGCAGGAGAUGCGUGACGAUGACUUUUACGCAUACGACGAAGACGGAACCCGUUUUUCACACGAUGUCACGCCGAUCAUCCUGGCCGCUCACUGUCUAGAGUAUGAGAUUGUCCACAUCCUUCUGACGAAGGGGGCCCGCAUUGAAAGGCCACAUGACUACUUCUGUAAUUGUCUAGAAUGCAUGGAGAAACAGAAGCAAGACGCAUUCAGUCACUCUCGCUCCAGGAUGAAUGCAUACAAAGCGCUGGCCAGUGCUUCUUACCUGUCACUCAGCAGCGAAGACCCUGUGCUGACCGCCCUGGAGCUCAGCAAUGAACUGGCAAGAUUGGCCAACAUCGAGACAGAAUUCAAGAAUGAGUACCGUAAGCUGUCCAUGCAGUGCAAGGACUUUGUGGUGGGUGUGUUGGACCUUUGUCGGAACACAGAGGAAGUGGAGGCCAUCCUGAACGGCGACGUGGACCAGUGCCCUCCGAGUGCGUACAACCGACCCUGCCUCAGCCGCGUCAUACUCGCCAUCAAGUACGAGGUCAAGAAGUUCGUCGCCCAUCCCAACUGUCAGCAGCAGCUGCUGACGAUCUGGUACGAGAACCUGCCCGGCCUGAGGCAGCAGUCCGUUGGGGUGAAGUGCUGGACGGUGCUGGGGGUGGCCGCAGGUCUGCCCUUCCUGGCUGUUGCCUACUGGAUAAUGCCAUGUAGCAAGCUUGGUCAGAUCCUGCGAAGUCCCUUCAUGAAGUUUGUGGCUCACGCCGUCUCCUUCACCAUCUUUUUGGGUCUUCUUAUUGUCAACGCCUCCGACCGCUUUGAGGGCGUGAAGAACCUGCCCAACGAGACCAUCACAGACCACCCACGACAGGUGUUCAGGGUAAAGACCACCCAGUUCUCCUGGACAGAGAUGCUGAUCAUGAAGUGGGUGUUGGGGAUGAUUUGGUCAGAAUGUAAGGAGAUCUGGACCGACGGGCCCAGAGAGUACAUCAUGCACCUGUGGAAUGUGCUGGACUUUGGCAUGUUGUCUAUCUUUGUGGCUUCCUUCACGGCGCGCUUCAUGGCGUUCCUCAAGGCGUCCAAAGCCCAGCAGUAUGUGGACCUGCACGUACCAGACGAAGACCUUAGCAACGCCUCGCUGCCUGACGAAGUCGCCUACUUCACUUUUGCCAGGAACAAGUGGCGCCCCUCAGACCCCCAGAUCAUCUCAGAAGGCCUGUACGCCAUCGCCGUGGUGCUGAGCUUCUCCCGCAUCGCCUACAUCCUGCCGGCAAACGAGAGCUUCGGCCCAUUGCAGAUUUCACUGGGGCGCACAGUCAAAGAUAUCUUCAAGUUCAUGGUCAUCUUCAUCAUGGUGUUUGUGGCCUUCAUGAUUGGCAUGUUCAACCUGUACUCGUACUACCUGGGAGCCAAGUACAAUCCUGCAUUCACCACGGUGGAGGAGAGUUUUAAGACCCUUUUCUGGUCGAUCUUUGGGCUGUCUGAAGUGAUCUCCGUGGUGCUGAAGUACGACCAUAAAUUCAUAGAGAACAUCGGCUACGUGCUGUACGGAGUCUAUAAUGUCACGAUGGUGGUCGUCCUCCUCAACAUGCUCAUUGCCAUGAUCAACAGCUCGUACCAGGAGAUAGAGGAGGACGCCGACGUAGAGUGGAAGUUUGCCCGAGCCAAGCUGUGGCUCUCCUACUUUGACGAGGGCCGCACGCUGCCCGCCCCCUUCAACAUGGUUCCCAGCCCAAAGUCCUUCUACUACCUGGUGCUCCGCAUCAAGUCCUGUCUGAUACGCCUGUGCAAGGCCAACAGCCGUCACCAUAACAACGAGCUGGAGCUGGGCAUGCUCAACUCACAGACCAAGGAUGAACGCCUCAGGACUUUUCCACGCCCGGGAGAAGAGUUCAUCCCCAGAAAACCGAGAGAACACCCGACCAGAUACCAGAAUAUCAUGAAACGCCUGACUAAGAGGUACGUGCUGAAGGCCCAAGUGGACAGAGAGAGCGACGAAGUCAAUGAAGGUGAGCUGAAGGAGAUCAAACAAGACAUUUCCAGCCUCCGUUAUGAGCUCCUGGAGGAGAAGUCCGAUGCCGCCGGAGAGCUGGGUCUACUCAUCCAACAACUUGGCGACAAGUUUGGCAAGACCACCGCGAGACACUGACAGGACUCGCAAGAAGGAGCGAGAGGGGAGGGAGGAGGGGGGAGGAAGAUAUGAAAGAGGGUGAACACGGGAGGAGGCGGAGGCAGAGAGCAGUGCGAGGGGGGGAAAGGGAGGCAGGAUGUUUAUAAGAUAUACAGACAAGAAAGUGGAGGGAAAGCGGGAGAGAAAUAAACUUUUUGAGAAGCGGGUUUCGUAUUACGCAAUGGUCCAACUAAGGAGGAACGUGCCAAGAACAUAUCCGCGACAGCACGAGAGCAUGAGGUUGACGGUUCAGAGGUGAAACAAACUCAGUCGAAGGGGUUUAUGUUGGCGUUCCAGUUCUAAUAAAAUGGCGACGUCUUCAGGGGGUCGAAAGAUUUGCUUCUAUGUCUUCACUUUGUUGGGACGCCUGUCGAGAUACUGUGCUCUCCUCGGCGCACUAGGCUAUCUAAUUAAUGCAUUUCCAUCCAUGAUGCACAACUUGAUCAGGGGUCAGAUGAUUCAGGAAAAGGAAACCGUGUAGGACUUAUCCACUCAUUUGAAAGUCAUUAAAGCUCUCUCCUAAAAGUCAGCCAGUGACCUUUGUAUAUGCACACAGCACACGGUGUGCAGUAAGGCCUUUAGUACCUCGUCAACUGUCUCAAUUAUUUUAUGUUAGUAGAAAUCGACUUCGUAGAGCUCCUAAAAAGGGCAAAAGUGUCGAUGUCAUUACAGUAAGUAGUUUACCUCAGUCAGAAUUAUCUAAAUAAAAAGUACUAAAUAAGGAUUGGAUCAUUAAUGAGUAGCAAAUACAUGAUGGAAAGACAGGAUACGUGUCCCACUUUGUUUAAAGUCCAGGUCUCAUGUACAUUGGACCUUUAAGACAAAAAAAUGAUUGGACAGGUUUAGAUAAUCGUUCGUGGGUGUUCUCCUUUUCGUUGUGCCUUUGCGGUUCAAAGUGUUUUCUAAAAUGGUAGCAAAGACGUGACAUGACCUCGGGAAGUUAUGAUUACAGCUUAAAAACGCAGGAGGUCAGUGAUGAUUAUUAGCCCAUAAAGGAAGACAAACUCUCUGAGUUCGCUUUAGGGCAACCACACAUAUGUGACAUGAGAAAACGUGAGAGAUACACAGAUAUGGAACAGUCGUGCAAUCAAUGGGUUAUAAAACGCCUGAAUUCUACUGCAGACGCCAUGUGAGCCAGAGCUUCAUUGAGAAAAGUUUCUUUAACUAAUAGAGAAAAUGUGAUCCAGUGAUAAUGGAGUUUAACAAACUGCUAAUUCGGCCCACCAAAGUUUUAAGUGUGUUUUUAUUGUAAAAUGUAGAAUCAUAUCUAAAUACAAAUACAAUGCUAAUACAAUAGAUUAUUUUGAUCGUCCAUAUUAACUGUCCGUCAUGUAACUGCAGCCAAUUUGGGAUUUUGACAACGAAAAAUGGCAACUUUCCCAUUAUUUCUGGUGCGUGCGUUCGGUCUCUAAACCGGUACAGCAUCAAGAUCGAGCAACUUGAAGGAGAUUUCUCAGACUAUUAUAUUUCUAGUGUGCAUGCUUCAGUAGUUUCUCUAACGCUGUUUCUUAUUCAAUGGCCUGACAUGUUUUCCCCACUGGGAAACGGCAGCAUCCACAAUGCAGGUCUCCAAAUAUAUUGUGCUCAUUUAUACAGUUCAUAAAUGAGACGGUUUGGGUAUUUUACAUGCCAUCGACAGCUUGGAUCGAUGAUUUGGCUCAUAAUGUUGUUGGCAUAAGGAAAGAUGCGCUCUUGUUAACAUAUUUAAAAGACUCGCACUGCAACUGGUGUCAGACCUUUUUCAUCCUAAAAUCAUUAACUAGUACAGAGCUACUAUGAAAUAAGUUACUGCCAUAACAAAUGUAUCUAAAUAUUUAAACACUUUGUUGUUAUUAAAGCGUCUGAAGGUAAAAGUUAACUAGUAGGUGGAGUAAGCCCCUUGAACAUUUUUUAGCAUUGAAAUAGAGUUGAAUUAAAUUUUCUAUCAUUAGACCUGAAAUACAAUUGAAAAGGUUAACUUAUGAGAAACAUAUAGUGGGCGUGUUUUGAUUUAGGUACACAAAUUAUUUCAGAAUAAUUUCAGUAUAGUAGAGUGGGACAUGUUUAUUUUUACUGUGACAGAGAGUAAAAGAGCAGCCAAUUAUUUUCUGUGUGCAGACCCAGACUAUGAAUGAGCAGACUCCCAGAGAAGGUUUAUUGAUUCCCCCUCCUUUAAACACAAAGUUUACUGAAAUACUGUAUUUUUCACGUGUUUAGAAGAAAUAUUGAUUAAUGCAAAAUCUUCUACUGUGUAUUGUUCUAUUUUUGAUCCUUGAAUUAAAGACAUUACGCUCUGAACAGGC